UCAGUUUGCCAUGAGCCGUUAUAGAAAGUACCCAACUGCAGAGAGCGUCAAGCUGUUUGUGACAAUAAUUCCUAAUCAGCGCGUACUUGACCGUUGGAUCAUCGGCGAGAUCCACGGUUCCGCGAAUCUCCUUAUCCUGUUUCAAUUUCCUACCGUAAUUUCGCGACAAGAACUAGUCGAUUAAUAAAAUAAUUAAAAAGAGUACGUAUCGUAAUUGAAAACUACGUACCGAAACGAUUGCGCAGUGACUGUGAUUCGCCCGAUUUAUAAUUCGAGAAGUGAUCGAGGAUCGAGGAUCGAGGAACAAGGAUCGAUCCCCGCAAUACUCACGGGAUUCCAAUGCCUGCGGGACUUAGGCCCCACCCUUUUUAACACCAGGAACACGCGAGGCGAGAGAGUCUAGAGUAGAACCGAAAUACAAAAAAUGAAGAAGAAGAUGGAGAAGAGCGGACUAACGUGGUCGUUGCUGUUGCUACUAGUCUGCAUUGAUCAAAGCUUGCAACAACCAUGCGAAUAUACCGGGCUGGACUGUGAUUUUAAUAAAAGGAAUGCCGAUGAAUGCGAGUUCACUUGUCCGUCAUUCCUCGCGGAUUCCAGAUUUGACAUUACAAUCUGGCCGAGAAAAGUUGCCAAAAUACAAUGCAACCUGGAUCCACCCUGGUCAGAUUUCAAAUUAAAUUCAACUGGUGAAGUUGAGGAUGUGGAAGAGGUUCGAAUCCAGUAUUGUUCUCUACCUGACGUACCGCUGCACGAAAUAACUCAAAGGCUUGGCGUUCAGCCGAUACAGAAGCUGAAAUUUGAAUCGUACAAAAAUCUGAGUUCUAUUUUGAAGCGUCGUCAUUUGUCAGGAUUUCCGAAAAUAGAAGAAUUGAGUUUGCAUUCGAAUUAUUUGCGUCGGGUUCCGGAUGAUUUAUUGGAUGAUUUCCCGGAGUUGAUAGCUUUGGGGUUACGAGAAAAUGAGCUAGAAGACUUGCCCGAAAAUUUUUUCAGGAACUUAUCAAAGUUGCAGGUGCUUGAACUUGGGAAUAACAAGAUGACGCAUAUAAGUCCGUCGCUAUUCUCUGGCCUUAACGAUCUCACUUUCUUGAAUCUCUGGAGUAAUCAGUUGACUGAAAUUGAAGCACACACGUUUGCCGGUCUAACUGCUCUAAAAAGCCUCGGUUUGCAGACUAACAAGCUAACCACCAUUCACCCGGAAGGCUUCAAACCUCUGAUAAAUCUGAACGAAUUGAGCAUUUCGGGAAAUUAUUUUACUUCGCUACCUGAGGAUUUAUUAUCUGAAAACCGCAAUUUGAAAAUGUUUACUUUGAAAUACAAUCGAGUUGAUUUGACCACGUUACCCAACAGAUUUCUAAGCAGCUUGCCUCGACUAGAAGAAGUAUAUUUGGGAUACAAUAAACUGACGCGUUUACCGGAAGAUUUACUUUCAAAUAGCACGUCAAUAAAGAUUCUUGAUUUAAGUCACAAUUCGUUGUCCACUCUUCCGAAAAGCAUAUUCAAGGAUGCAAUCAAUCUCACAAGUCUAAACUUGAGUUGGAACAAGAUAACAAGUCUUCCCGGUCGCAUAUUCCAGUCAAUGGCAAAACUUCAGAAGAUGGAGUUGCAGAAUAAUAACAUAUUCCAAAUUACUCAGGAUUUGUUUUCGGGGCUGAACGCUUUGGAAGACUUGAACUUGGAAUCAAACGGAAUGCGGAUCAUUGAACCAAACAGCUUUGAUCCGCUGAUGUCGUUGAAAUUUGCACGGUUAUCGCUAAAUAAUAUCACUCUAAAUGAUAACCUUUCAGCAGCGGAGGCUUCACCUUUCGAGAAAUGCGAAAAUUUAGUUGAACUACAUUUGGCUAAUAACAGUAUUACGCAAAUUUUCCAAGACUGGUGUACCAUACUACCGAAGCUUAGAAUGAUAGACUUGAAAUAUAAUCAAAUAUCCAAAAUAGACACUUUCGACUUGAAUUUUAUUCCGAAUCACGUGACAGUUGACAUCAGGCAUAACAAUAUCAAAGAAAUCAACUUAGUCUGGGCUGAAUCGCUCGUCGAUGAUCCAAAAAUAAAAUUGGCCGCCGACAGAACUGUAAUUAUAUCGGUGGAUGAAAAUCCAAUUGUCUGUGACUGCGGCUUGAACAGUUUUCUCAAAUAUUUGAACGGACAGAUGCAUCCGAACGUUCAAAAACUGUUCCACAUAAAACCUGACCAGCUGAAGUGCAGUGGCCCGCAAUUUAUGGCAGGAACACGCGUCUCCGAUUUGAAAUAUAAAUCUUUCGAAUGCUACAAAGGGACGUGCGGAGAGAAAUGCGAUUGUUGGUUACGGGAAAAUGCUAAUACUAUCAUCGCAAAUUGCUCCCACAGACUGCUCCGUGAAGCACCAGAAAGAUUUAAUCUGGAAGGUUACAACGUCGAACUUGAUCUGAGCGGCAACCUUUUGACCGAGAUGCCAUCGGUCAAUAAAUUAGGAUACGGGAACGUCACGGCGCUUUUGCUUUCGCACAACAACAUAUCCAGUUUUUCGGCCAAUGCCGUACCUCCAACACUCAAGGUAUUGGAGCUCGACGGAAACAAUAUGAAACGAAUGAAUACGACAGCCCUGGAAAUCGUUGAAAAAUCGACGCCUCUGCAAAGGUUGACGCUCGAUCGAAACCCGUGGACUUGCGACUGCGAGGCAAACGGUUUUAGAAAAUUCAUCCAGGAAAACGGGAGGAAACUACCAGAGAUACUGAAUACGUCUUGCGGGGACGAAACUCACAAGGGGAAGAAGUUCUCGACGUUGACGGCUGACGAGUUGUGCCCGUCGGCGACCAGAGAGAUCAUAGUAGGCAGUCUCAUUGUGGCGGCGAUCGGUUUGUUGAUCGGCGUUGUCGCAACUUUUUGCUGCAAGUACCAAUUCCAAAUUGAAAUAUGGUUGUACAAUCAUCCAAUGUUCGGGAAGCUCUUCGCGGAGGAGACGGUGGACAAGAAUAAAAUGUACGACGCGUUUGUAAGCCAUGCCCACCAGGAUCAAAAAUUCGUAGACGAAGAGCUGAUCCCUAAGCUCGAAAACGGUGCCGACGAAUUCAAACUGUGCGUUCAUUACCGCGACUGGAAUGUCGGCGAAGUUAUUCCGGAACAGAUCGCGAGAAGCGUCGAAGAAUCGAGGCGCACGAUUCUCGUAGUCUCCCCAGAUUUUAUAAAAAGUAUGUGGGGGAAAUUGGAGUUCCAAGCAGCUCAUCGUCAGGCUCUCAACGACCGCAGGAGGAGGGUGAUCAUCAUAAUUUACGGAGAAAUCGGCCCCACUGACAAGCUGGACGAAGAACUACGGGCCUAUUUGAAAAUGAACACCUACGUAAAGUGGGGGGAUCCUUGGUUCUGGGAGAAGCUGAUCUACGCCAUGCCUCAUCGUGGACGAGGAAAACCGCGCGGAGAAAACGCACGAAGGGGAAGGUCGCAGAGAGAAAAAAACAUAUUGAGGAACCACCAGCAACUCCUCCAACUGAAUCCCGACAGAAACGGGCUCGUUAGUUCACCCGGGGCACCGGACACACCACCUCCACUUACCACUCCUCCGGCGAACUCGCUCAACACUUUUAUGUCCAAUGACAGUGCGAAAAGUGAAGUUGUAAUAACGGACUCUCUCAAGAAGGAAAUGGCCAAUAUCAACGCUUUCAAUAGUCCGAUGGACUUGUCACGGAAAAGUCAGCGUUCAGAACGGAAAAUAACCGAUGGAAAGGACACGAUUCUCUUGAAUCACGUGAAUGCGCUGGCAUAAUCAAAAGUCGUAUACAGUGAUCAACCGAAUCACGUAUGGAUAGUCAACCCUUAUGGUCGUCAAAUUUGUUCAACUAUUCCAACGACGUGUGCGUGUGUGUCAAAACCAUACUGAUAUUAUUUUCAGACGCAAAUGAUAAUGUGGUGCAUCACGUUAACCAUAUUCACCGUCUCGUAUAUGACGUGUAAUAGUGUGAUAACAUUUCUGUAUAGCCGGUACCUACGACUUGUGGCAGAACAUUUAUUUUCUUUGCUCAAGAAUGAACGACCUCGCAUCACUGCAUUGGAACGACAAUUUUCAACCGCCAUUGUAAAUAUUUAAUUUAAGACUGAAUGGUUGUAAUACCAAUUUCAAAAAUAAUUAUAAAAAUAUUCUUUUCUUGAUACAAGCCAGCAAAUAUAAGAUAAUUUUAUACUCGUGACAGGCGUAUCCUAAAUAUAUCAGCGCGGAGCCGUGUAAUAAGGAAGGAAAACUAUGAUUCGUUUGAUAUCGAUGAUCAGUUGUGACAUCAAAGAAAAUAUAUGGGGAUACGUUUUAAAUGUUAAUUAUUUCAGAUUAUAGUAUAUAGAAUUAAUUUUAAGUUUAUAUGGAACUGAAUUAUUGGGUGACAAAGUUAUCGUUUUUAUUGGGAAGAAUUUUAUACGCACACCUAAAUUUGUACUCGUGAAUUCAAUAGUUGUUGAAUAAACUAAUCUGUCUCACGAUGAUCGGUAUAAACAAUAA